AUGUGGAGCGGCAUUCCUCGUGCAACAGCACAGGAAUGGGCGGAUCAUCAUCAAAUGCAAACAUUGACGACAGCAAUGGGGCCAUUGAUGAUUCAUGAUCAUCCGAAUUGCUUAUAUAGCUCAAAAUCUAAGUUAAAAUGGAGCAAAUACAUGCAAGGCGCGUCCGCACUUUUCGCUUAUCACAUUGCUCUAGAAGGGGACACUGUCACGGUCCUUACACCACCUCCUCCCGAGAGAUUUAACCCGUUUGGAGAGACCAAUUAUCAGGCAAUCGAAGAACCCAUAUUAAAGGGCAGAGCCGGGGCUAGUAGUGUUUCACAAAUUGAGCUGGUACAUCCAACAGUAACCGGCGCUCAGGACUUCCACUACCAAUUCUGGCCCGUGGACGAAGCUGAUGAUUGGGAUUCUCGGUUUGGAAACUUAGCUCCGCAACAGCAAAACUGGAGACAUCCGAGGAAAAAACGCUGGAAAUUAUAG